CAGGGAACUAACCAAAAGUCCUUCAAGCCUCAAAAGAAAUAAAGAAGAAAAGAAGUCGGAUAUAGAAAGAAAGAAAGAAAUGGCUCCCACUCAGGAAGAGCAGCAAAACGAAGCUGGCAGGCACCAAGAAGUUGGCCACAAGAGUCUCUUACAGAGCGAUGCUCUUUACCAGUAUAUCCUUGAAACCAGUGUAUAUCCAAAAGAGCCAGAGCCUAUGAAGGAGCUCCGGGAAUUGACAGCAAGACAUCCAUGGAACAUCAUGACCACCUCAGCCGAUGAAGGACAAUUCUUGAACAUGAUCCUAAAGCUCAUCAACGCCAAGAACACCAUGGAAAUCGGCGUCUACACUGGUUACUCGCUACUUGCCACCGCCCUCGCCCUACCGGAGGAUGGAAAGAUAUUGGCAAUGGACAUCAACCGUGAAAAUUACGAACUGGGUUUACCUGUAAUUCAAAAAGCUGGCGUGGCUCACAAGAUUGAUUUCAAAGAAGGCCCUGCUCUUCCAGUUCUUGACCAAAUGAUUGAGUCUGGAACGUACCAUGGAACAUUCGAUUUUAUUUUUGUGGACGCAGACAAGGAUAACUAUUUGAACUACCAUGAGAGGCUAAUUGAGCUUGUGAAGGUUGGUGGACUAAUCGGCUACGACAACACCCUAUGGAAUGGUUCUGUGGUGGCCCCACCUGAUGCACCUCUUAGAAAGUACGUUCGAUUUUAUAGAGACUAUGUGUUGGAGCUCAACAGGGCUUUAGCCUCUGAUCGAAGGGUUGAGAUUUGCCAGCUUCCCGUUGGUGAUGGCAUUACUCUGUGCCGCCGCAUCAGCUGAUUAUCACCCCCAUUUGUGGUCUAGGAUUAUAUACAUUUAUUUAUAAUCGUUCAUUUUACACUGCUAAUUUGCUAUUUUAUCAUCGAGUUUUAUUUAUUGUAUUGUAAUUCCGGUCUUAAUAAAAUUCCUAAUAAAUUUGCUUC